UGUCUUCGGCACUUUCCAGCGAGACGCUUUGACAUUUGCGCGUAUACCUGAGAAUUUAGCUUAGAAUAAACUCUCGAAUAUGGAUUUUUCUUCCCGAUGGCGUUUGUACGUUGCCGCCUGAAACCCAGCUGCAAGACUGCCUGAAGUACAUGAAGCGGGCAGUCUUACAUCCCGUGGGAGGGUAUUCUCGUAGUGAAACGAGGAAUUCGCUUAGGAAAAAACUUUCGUGGCUGUCGGAAGGCCUCGUCGUCCCCUUGCAACAGGUUUGAACGAAGGAGGACUAAUUAGGUUUCCAAAAAGUGGCCAGAACUGUAACCGGAUCUAGGGAGCGAUCGGAUACAUAGGCUGCAUUUCCAAUGCGAAGACUUUUAAAAGCGACUGCAUAUAAGCAGAAAGAGGAAGUGAACGGGAGCUAGUUCACCCAUUGUGGGUUUUCUUUCUCGGGACCGCAGGACUGUCUAACACGCCUUCAAGUUUAAUAUAAGAUCAAAGAAUCAACUUGUCAAGGGUUUAAAUGCGGUACGAAACUAAAAUGAUGCCGAUGUUCCUGACCGUGUACCUCAGCAAUAACGACCAGCACUUCACGGAGGUGCCCAUCACUCCAGAGACCGUUUGCCGGGACGUGGUGGAGCUCUGCAAAGAGCCCGGGGAAGCCGACUGCUACCUGGCCGAGAGGUGGCGGGGAUCAGAGCGCCCUGUCGGUGAGGGCGAGCGGAUGCUGGAGUUGCUGCAGCGCUGGGGCCAGCAGCGAGCGGAGGUGCACUUUUUCCUGCGGCACGAGCGGCCGCCCAGCCGAGAUUCAGGUAUAUCUAGGACCCAGGAGCACACGGCUAAGAGGAACGGAGUAAAAGCCGCGGUAGACAGACGCUUGGAGAAUGGGGUGUACGGUCCGCGCAUGGACAUGACCCUGGCGGAGCUGCAGGAUAUGGCCGCCCGGCAACAGCAGCAGAUCGAUGCCCAGCAGCAGCUGCUGGCCUCUAGGGAGCAGCGGCUGCGGUACCUAAAGCAGCAGGAGCAGCAGGCGUCGGAGCAGGAGAAGCUACAGCGUCUUCGCGAGCGAUCCGAAAGCCAGGAGGCCCGGCUGAAGAAGGUGCGGGCCCUCAAGGGCCAGGUGGAGCAGAAGCGCCUCAGCAACGGCAAGCUGGUGGAAGAGAUCGAGCAGAUGAGCAGCCUGUUCCAGCAGAAGCAGCGGGAGCUGGUGGCGGCCGUGUCCAAGGUGGAGGAGUUGAGUCGGCAGCUGGAGAUGCUGAAGAACGGACGCAUCGAGGCCCUGAACGAUAGCCAGAGCUCUGUGGCCGAGUUAGAUCGCCUCUACAAGGAGCUGCAGCUGAGGAACAAACUGAACCAGGAUCAGAACACCAAGCUGCAGCAGCAACGUGAGAAUCUGAACAAGCGCAACCUGGAGGUGGCAGCCAUGGACAGGCGGGUCAGCGAGCUGCGCGACCGUCUCUGGAAGAAGAAGGCAGCGCUGCAGCAGAAGGAGAAUCUGCCUAAUGGUUUCCCCGAUAAAGAGAAGUCUGCAAAGAGCUCUCAACACAAGGUCCCGCCGGAUGGCCACGCCCCCCCGCCGACCGGCCCCUCUCGGGUGGCAGCCGUGGGUCCGUAUAUCCAGUCCUCCACCAUGCCCCGAGGCCCAGUGAGGCACGAACAGCUAUUGAAGCCUGCAUACCCGGACGGCACUGCCACCUUGCCCCCCCAGGACGGGCCCCUGAAAGCCCAGGCCCGUGCCGCUGCGGGGACCCCCGCCAGCAAGGCGUCUGAGUGGAACAUCGCCGGCCUGGAGCCCAACGGGGGCCACGGCUUCUCCUCCACCCUCCCCCGCAUGCCAUCGAAAGCCACCGUGGAGCAAGAAGAUGCUGAGGGGCUGAAGAAGGACAAGAAGCUGCGUCCCGUCUCUAUGUUCGAGGCACCGGAGCCAGGCACCACCUCGCUGCGCAGGAACCAGAGCAGUGAGGACCUCUUGAGGGAUGCCCAGGGGAAGGGUGUGGUCAAAGUCCCCCCACCCGUGCCCAGCAAACCCAAGCAGGUCACGCUGCCCCCAUCCUAUGGCAAGGCGGGGCUGCCUGCGGGCACCUUCCCCGGCAAGGCCAGGCCAGCCGUGCAGCUCCAGCCUUCCCGGGGUCCGCCGCCCCCCCAGCAGUGCCAUACAUUGCCUCUCCCCCCAAAGCAGGAGCUCCCCCCAGCGGUUGCCGUGCGGCCCUUUACCCCCGAGCCACCACCCGCCCCCGAAGGAACCUGCCCCCUCGCUUUCCGCAAACCCGCCAUGGUGGCGACCAGUUCCAUCUAUUCCAUGUACACCCAGCAGUCUGCCCUUGGCAAGAGCUUCCAGCCCGCAGGGCAGGGCACCGUGACCCGGGCGCCGGGCCGCUCCAGCCCCUUCAUCAGUGUGUACGGGAAGCCUGUUCUCCAGGGAGGGGUUCAGCUAUCCCAGUACCCAGAGAAUCCCUACGCAGAUCCACCCACUACCGUGGUGGACCAAGCGGUCAACAACGGCCCGUCCACUGGGGAUGCCCAGGAGGUGGAACGUGCUCCCCGGCCGCUGAGCCCCACCAAGCUGCUGCCCUUCAUCUCGAACCCAUACCGGCACCAGAGCGAUGUGGAGCUGGAGGCGCUGCGCAGGCGGCUGGCCAACGCCCCGCGGCCCCUCAAGAAACGCAGCUCCAUCACAGAGCCCGAGGGGCCCGGCGGCCCCAACAUCCAGAAGCUGCUCUACCAGAAGACCACGCUGGCCGCCAUGGAGACCACGGUCACCACAGCGCCCCUUCACCCGGCCCGUGCCGAGGAUGUGGAGGAGGAGGACGAAGAAGCAAAACGAAAGGAAGCGGACGCCAAGAAACAGGACACUGACGCCACACCCGCUGACGAGCUUGCCGAAACCCCGCCCACACCGGCGACCCCGCCUCCAGCAGAGUCCCCGCCCCCUAUCGCCGAAGAUGACAUGGAGGACUUCGUCCCGCCUCCACCCCCCUCCCGCCCAGCACCCACCCUCGAGGACACCCUAAGCCUCCCUCCUCCCCAUCCAGCCCUGGAUGAUGAUGAUGAUGAUGAUGAUGAUGAGUGCUCCUCCCUUAACCCCUCAUCUGAUGAAUUCCCGGAGGAGUUUCCGCCAUACCCCCCUCCUCCCUACCCCAGUGGUGGGGAGCCCGAGAGCCCUGGGGAAGACACCUUCAGUAUGCAGCCUCCAGAGAUCAUGGGACAGGCCAGUCUGCCACCGGGAAAGAGGACCAAUUUGCGCAAAGAGGGCUCGGAGCGCAUCGACCACAGUAUGCGGGUCCGGUUCAAUCCCCUUGCCCUGCUUCUGGACUCGUCGCUGGAGGGCGAGUUUGACCUCGUGCAAAGGAUCAUCUAUGAGGUGGAUGACCCCAGCCAACCCAACGACGAGGGCAUCACUGCCCUGCACAAUGCUGUCUGCGCUGGACAUACCGACAUUGUCAAGUUCCUUGUGCAGUUUGGGGUCAACGUCAAUGCUGCGGACAGUGAUGGCUGGACACCCCUGCACUGCGCGGCCUCCUGCAAUAACGUGCAAGUCUGCAAGUUCCUGGUGGAAUCCGGGGCCGCCGUGUUCGCCAUGACCUACAGCGACAUGCAGACUGCAGCCGACAAGUGCGAGGAGAUGGAGGAGGGGUACACCCAGUGCUCCCAGUUCCUGUAUGGUGUGCAGGAGAAGAUGGGCAUCAUGAAUCGGGGCGUCGUCUAUGGGCUCUGGGAUUAUGACAAGGAGAAUGAGGACGAGCUGGCUUUCAAGGAGGGCGACGGCAUGAGCGUGGUGCGGCGCGAGGAUGACGAGGAGGUGGAAUGGUGGUGGGUGCGGAUGGGCGACCAGGACGGCUACGUCCCCAGGAACCUGCUUGGGCUGUACCCAAGGAUCAAGCCACGGCAGAGGAGCCUGGCCUGAACACAGUGAAAGCAGACGGAUGUCAUCACUGCCACGGCCCGCACUGCAAAUCGACGGCAGCACGGUGAAGGUUAUUGAAACUGCGACUUCCUAAUCACAGCCGUGCGGACAAUGAAAGGAGAAGCUGGCCAAACACAUGAAGGAUUCUUGUGAUUACUUUUGUUUUUUUUUUUUUUACUAAAUGGUGAACUGUGGAUGUUGCUCGUCUCGUGGCAAGUGUCACUGGUAACCAGGAGAACUUCUGUUUUUCUUGAAGUCAGAGUAUGAACUAGUUAUGUGAAAACUGAGUAUGACGUCUGGAUGAGGUUCUGCUGGUCUUUGUAAUGACGGGAAGAAACAAGAAGCGUUUUAUGUAGCAAGUUAUUUUUUCCCCACUGACUGUUUCAUGUACAGUUUUUCAAGACACUUGUGCUGAAAUACUUGGGUAGGGGACUGAUUUAAGUGCUUUUUACAAAAGAGGGGGGCCUUUAAGGUGUCUUCGAUGACAGUGAUAAAUGGUGUUUAUGCGGCUGAAACGAAAAGAGAAUGGGCGCCCCCUCGGGGCGCCAUGCGGUAUGUCCGCGAUGCUGUUACGCCUCUGUUUUCCUUGUAUUGUAUAGUUUCAGACCAUCUGUUAGGUCUGGGCUUGUUUACGCUAACGCCGGCAUUUCUGCAUGCAAGUCUGCACACUUUAGUGUUGACCUGCUUUUUCCCGCUUAUUAACGGGGGGGGGGCACCGUAUAAAACACUAGCUUUAAAGUUCAUUCAGUCUGACAGAUCUGGAUACCUACCCAACUUUUGUUAAAGCGAGCCUAGCAAGAUUGCUGUCACAAAAAUGGUUUGGAUGAAAGAUUUUGAUCAAAAAGAUUGACGAUAGUUUUGUACCAGUAACCAGUAGACCAAAUGGGAUUCAAAGCAAUGACACAUUUGUGUUUUCUGUACAUGCAUUGUGGAGAUACCAUAGAAGACAAUCGUCCAGCAGCAGCAGUAACAGGGUGACCAAUUGGAUGGACCUCCAGUAGCGACUUUGGACUGGUCACUAUACACCAGCGGGCUGAUUUAGCCCUAAUGAUUCUGCAUGUCUGCUUUGUCAGCUACAGUGACACAUUCUGCCAUAUGAAGGUGUACUAGCUGAGGAAAUUAGGUUUAGAAAAAGCCAGUCCUUCACUUGGAUUCUAUCGCAUCAUUCCCUCACACCAGUUUAAUGAGUAACCUCAAGGCUAUUAACGAGUAACCACGUGGUUAUUAUUAAAUUGUAGGUCUAGUCACUACAGGGUUACGACGAGGCAGCUUACGACACUUGGCAUUUUUCUUGUUGCAGAAGUAUUUAUUUUGUGAUUGUCCUUUAAUUUUCUUUCUCUUAUAUUGAAAAUGUUACAUCUGAAGAAUAAAGAUUUACAAUAAAACACUUGAAAUAAAA